AUGAAGAAGAUGCAGAGGAUGCCAGCGAAGAGGAUGAGGACUAUGAAGGGAGCAGUAGCGAGGAGGAGGAGGAGGAAGAUGAUAGUUAUGAAUGCGAGGAGGAUGAUAGCAGCGAUGACAAUUCUGAAAUGUGGGGCGGUCCGGAAGAACCGAGAGCAGUUCUUUGAGAUGAUGAUGGAGUUGGAACAGCUCAAGAUUGAAGCUCAGGCUGCUGAUCAACUGGACAAGCUCGCCGAGGCGUUAAAGAAGGACGAGUCCAAGCGUUUGAAGGCAUUCGAGAACAAGCUGAAACACCGUAGCGAGGAGUACAGUGAAAACGACGGCACCAAAGAUAAGUGGUCGUCGCACAUGUUCAGUCGCCCUGUCCAGACUAACGUUAUCUAG